AUGGGGCUUGGCACUGUCAUGCUCUUGGAAAUCAAACAAGUACCAAAUGGUAAUCGGAUUGCCUAUUGCUUACCAUCGGGGGAAUUUAUAUUCGUUGCAGACACAUGUGCACCUGAAUUUGGUGCUAAAAAUGCUGCAGAUCUUUACGGUGGCAACUUGUUUGAGUUUCUAUCACUUGAAGAAGCUGAAAAACUUGAAGAUUUUAUGCGAGUACAGCAACGUGGAAAUAGCAUUGACUUGGCUUGUAAUACAAUGCAGGAAGUGCGGAUGAUUGUACGACUCCCGAGUCAUCGGAACACCCAAUUGUGGAUUCAGCUCUCGACGAUCCCGCUUACGUUGCGGAUGAUGCGCUGUAUUGAUACUAUCCGUAGCUUUAGUACCACAUUAGGUCACUUUGCCGACUCGUCGAGCUUUGUGCUAUCUGAGGACGAGUUUAGCUUUGUCUUGAGUAAUCCACCUGGAAAUACUGGAUCAUCGGUGGCAGCAGGUGUCACAUCCUAUUCAGUUGGACCGUUGCCUUAUGCAGAUGAUGACGACGAUUUGAUGUUUUUGGAGUUUGAAAAUAGCUGCUUGUCCCCAAGGAGCUUUACUUCCGUCGUUCCGUUGGAAUUGAAGCACCGUCACCCUAAUUUUGCAAUGACUCGUAUCCAAGUAGACGAUACUGGAACAGAAGACACGAGUGAUGACGAUGACGAAGAUCUUAGGGCGUCACUGUCCGAUUUGGCGUUUGAAGCCGAUUGGUCAAGUGAGUCUACCGUGCAGGACGACACGGUCCACGUCAUGACAUCAGAUGAACCAAUUCUUUCUUCAUCGACUACUUCACUUCCCAUGACAAUCAGACCGAAUUUCCGAGCCGAACUCGUCACUUAA